UCCCUCUCCUCGUUGCUCCUCUCUCCUCUUUAUACAUCUCAAAUCUUCAGUCGCCUGCCAUGACGUCCAUUGGAACGGGAUAUGACUUGUCAGCUAGCACCUACUCGCCCGAUGGCCGCAUCUUUCAGGUGGAAUAUGCGAACAAGGCGGUAGAGAACUCCGGAACUGCCAUCGGCCUUCGCGUGAAGGAUGGCGUCGUACUUGCUGUAGAGAAGCUCAUCCACUCGAAGCUCCUUGUACCAGAAGCGAACCGGAGGAUACAAACAAUUGAUAAGCAUAUCGGUCUCGCUUCUGCAGGGUACCUUGCGGACGGAAGACAUGUCUCCAACCGCGCACGAGAUGAGGCCUCGAGCUUCCGCGAGAAUUAUCGUGCACCCGCUACGCUUCAAUACGUCGUAGACCGCGUAGGUCUGUACGUGCAGGCAUACACCCUCUACUCCUCUGUCCGGCCAUUUGGCUGCAGCACAAUCAUCGGCGGCGUAGACAAGCACGGACCUGCACUGUUUGUCAUCGAGCCUAGUGGCGUGUCCUACGGCUACCGAGGUGCUGCCGUCGGCAAGGGUCGCCAGCUUGCUAAGACUGAGCUAGAGAAGCUCAAGUUCUCAGAACUAACGAUGAAGGAGGCAGUUACGGAGGCAGCACGAAUCAUCUACCUGGUACAUGACGACGCGAAAGAGAAGGACUUUGAGCUCGAGAUGUCUUGGGUAGGCGACGAGACGAACGGCAUCCAUCAAGCGGUCCCCAAGGACCUCUUGGACGAAGCAUCUCGGAAGGCGAAGGAGGCAUUGGAGACCUUCGAGUGAUCGUGUGGGCAUACCUUGCAUUGUAAUCUAUAUGGACGCAUCAAACUUGACAGCCCUGUGUACAACACAACGCGCUCAGAGGAUGACAGAAACC